GUAUAACGUUAGUAGUUUCGGCUGCCUCUUCCGUAUCUCCCAGGCCACUUCAAACUUCCGUGUUUCGAAGGCUAUCUUGCUGGGUCAAGCCGUGUAUAACAAUGAGGUCCCUACCGGAAGAUAUAACAGCACUUAUUUCAGAUCUGGAAACUUUUUUGACGGAUGUUCUUAAAGGGGAGAAUUUAAGUAAGAAGGCGAAAGAGAGGAAGGAUGCUUUUAUCAAGCGGAUCAAAGAGGUGAAAUCGGGCUUCUCACAAGAUUUCAAGGACAAACGAGAAGAUGAGUUUGCCGAAAUGGAUGAGACGGACACCAACAACGACGGUGGAUCGCUUCACUCUGAACAAACUGAUCGAGAUGAAGAAAGUGCUUAUGACGGAGUCCAGCAGUCUCCGGCUGUGGCAGCCCAAGACCUUCCAUCAGUUUUGAAGAGCGGCUUCCUGGAGAAGCGAAGAAAAGAUCACAGUUUUUUUGGCAACGAGUGGCAGAAGAGAUGGUGUGCCUUAAGCAACAACAUUUUCUACUACUUUGGUAGUGAUAAAGAUAAACAGCAGAAGGGAGAGUUUAAUAUUGUUGGCUACACUGUCAAAAUGAACAACACCCUACGGAAAGAUGCUAAGCGAGAUUGCUGCUUUGAGGUCUCUGCUUCAGACAAGCGUCUAUAUCAGUUCUGCGCUGCUUCUGAGAAAGAUGCAAAGGAGUGGGUGGAGCACAUUGACUUUUUGAUAAAAGAUAUGGGUGGUAUCAUACCCGAGGAUGAAGAGGAAUACGAUGACUGUGGGCCAAUCAGCUCAUCGGCUGUGCCUGCCCCUAUUGAUGAGGACAUCUAUGAAGAGCUCCCUGAGGAAGAUGAACCACAGCCUGCUAAAGCUCCAGUGACCCUGGCUAACAAACCCCCACCGCCGUUUGCCCCUGUGACAGCAGUAAACAAGAGCACAGACUAUGCAAACUACUUCCAGGGCUUGUGGGACUGCUCGGGGGACCAUCCGGAUGAGCUCUCCUUUAGGAGAGGAGACAACAUCUACAUUCUCAGCAAGGAGUAUGACACCUUUGGUUGGUGGGUUGGGGAGAUGAAAGGAUCCAUCGGAAUCGUGCCUAAGGAAUAUCUUAUGGAAUUAUACAUCCUAUAAUUCGUAGCCCCUUCAUGGCCUGCUGUCUGCUUUUAUGGGAUGUAUAGCAAACUGCAUAAAUAACUUACAGUAUGUGUGGUCAGAUAUGUUGAGUACGUGUAAAUGAAAUAAACCUGAGAAAGCAUCACAUUCUGCAGUAUUUAAAAGGUUAAAGUAGGCCUAAAUGUAAUGCUUUUUGUCAUUUAAACAUUUUAUCAUUAACUUUCUUAGACUUGAUAAAUAUGUAUUAUGGCUUCUGUGAAAAAAGCAUGAAAUAAAGCUUACAUGUUAUUGCAAUUCCAAAA